CUUCCUUCAGGUUUGCUCCCUUCGCCUGUCAUUGCCCACCAGGGAGAGGCCGGAGCCUCGAAGUCGCAGCCAUACGACCGGAAGGAACCAUCAACUACUAGGAUGUACACAGACCAGGAUCAGCCCUUGGCUGCGGGGGCUCUGGCCAUCCAAGGAGUCUCGGACUGCCGGUUGUAAUUUCCAAAUCUCUGCUGUCCACUCGGGAGAAAGUGAUGCGCCAAUCAAUGUCUUAGGCAUUGACUCGUGUUGGAAUCUAGGGACGAUCAGGAUAAGUACAGAGUACCUGGAUUCCAGCAAGAUGUUCUUUCUCUUGUUCAAUUGAGGCAUUGUUGGUGUGGUGAAGAUGAUUCUCGACACGGUCGUGCGACUUCGUAUCAUUCGGGCCCAGCGCUCGAAACCGGCCCUCGCGGAUCAUAACAAUGCUUCUUCUAACAAGGCAACCCCCGAACGGCGUCUACUUAAGCUCGAGGAACUCCCCAAUUGGAUCGACACGAAUCCGUUUAUACUGUCCGGCUACCGUCCAGAGAGCCGAUCGUGGUGGAAGUGCGUGGCCAGUUGGGCAUAUUUUCAUAAUGAGAGCGCGAACAUCUGGUCGCAUCUGAUCCCCGCCGCGCUGCUGCUGCUGGGCCAGAGCAUAAUUUAUCGCCAUGUCCGAGCCAAAUACGGUGAUCGACUGUCUUCCUUCGACUGGUCUAUCGUUUCGUUGCAGCUGCUGAUGGGGUUUGCGUGCCUCUUGAUCUCCGCCCUGUACCACACGCUGCUCAAUCAUUCGGAGCACGUCUCCCACCGCUGGCUCCAGAUGGAUUAUCUCGGGAUCAUUGUAUUAAUCCUGGGCAAUUUCAUCAGCGGCCUUCAUUUCGGGUUCUACUGCCACCCUUUCCUCAAGUAUUUCUACUGGUCUAUUAUCACCAUCCUAGGGCUCGUCACUGCUACGAUUCUUUUGCAUCCCCGCUUCCGCGGCCCGGAGUGGAGGAUGUUCCGCCUUUGGAGCUUCAUUAGCACUGGCCUCUCGGCGUUUGCACCCAUCGGACACGCCUUGCUGCUGUGGGGACCAGGGCAUGUCUGGGGUAUCGGCGUGCCGUAUUACCUGCUAGAGGGAGUCUUCCUCCUCGUCGGAUGCUACUUCUGGGAGAGACGAGUGCCCGAGUGCCUGUUCCCAGGCCGAUUCGAUCUCUGGGGCCAGUCCCAUACGAUCUGGCAUGUCCUGGUCGCAUUCUCCGUGGGGGCACACGUUCUCGGGCUACUGAGUGCGGCGGAUUAUACGUACUCAGGGGUCUGUGACAGUACUGGCACACAAGGGCUCAUUCAUUUCUAGUAGUUAUGAAUCAGGCUUUUUCUCUGUAAACCUAUCUAGACCCUGUCUCAUCAGUACAUGAGUGAGAAGAUCAAGGGGAAAGAUAGUCUCAUACCUUUCGCCCCCCCACCCAAAGCCUUAGCCACCGUCUCCUGCGCCGACUGCAUCAUGCUCUUCUUCCUCCGUCUCUCCUCUUCCUCCGUUUUCUCCUCCUUCCAGUCCUUCACCCGACUGCCUGGCGGACUAUCCGAUAACCGUCUCGUAGUAGAUUUGGUAUCUCCUAACCCUUUAUUAGAAAUAAAAAAAAAACAUUCAAUAGCUCUAGGAAGUGUAAAUACCC